AUGACCACCUUCCGUCCUCUGCCAUUACCAACAAUAUGUCAAAUCCUGACUUCUUCCGCUCAGCAGAGACACGAUCUCUCAUUCCCGACGCGUUUGUUCUUCACAUCGCUCUACUCACCUGAUGGUUCCUUUCCACACGAACGACCAACAACUCAAUGGCAAUCCAACGCUCUCCUUUCACCCGCUAUGACUCCCCCAGAACGCCUAUGGAAACAGACAACAACGGGAACGCGUUUCGUCUCGAAUGUCUAUCUCUACGAGACUCACGAACCUCCCUACUCUUACAGGAAGCCAACACUCCAACGCACUGCUUUGUUUGAACUGGCAAGCCGAGACCAAUCGUCAGGCAAGCACACGCCGGAAGAUUUCGGUCAUGGAUUGUCGCAACUAAACAUCCGUUCGACAAGAACCUUGAUCACCGAUCGUUGCUUCUGGAGAAAUAUCAAACAGGACUCUCGUCAGUGGACCAAAUACUGCCCUACAAUUUUGUGCGGACAACCGUACAACCAGUGGCCAAUCAGAGGCCUCCGUUUGGUUAACCUAAUCCGCUAUGCUGAUUAUGAUUAA